UCCAGCCAAUAGGAACGCAGGUGGCGUAGCCGGAGGUUGGUGUCCCCCUGCUGGGGUGAUUUGGCGCAGAGCGGAGGAGGUGCUUGCUCCUGCUCCUGCUCCUCCCCUCUUCUUGCGGCCUCUCGGAGGUCGGCCCUAUCCUUGUGGCCUGCAGUAAAAUGUGGAUGACGCCCAAGAGGAGCAAAAUGGAAGUCGACGAAUCUCGGGUUUUCCGGACCGAGUGGACCCAGCGUUACUUGGUGGUGGAGCCUCCGGAGGGCGAAGGGGCCCUGUGCUUGGUCUGUCGCCGCCUCGUCGUAGCCACCCGCGAACGCGACGUCAGGCGCCACUACGAGGCCGAGCACGACUACUACGAGCGGUAUGUGGCGGAGGGUGAGCGCGCGGCCCUAGUGGAGCGUCUGCGGCAGGGCGACUUGCCCGUGGUCGCCCCGCUCACUCCCGAGGAGAGAGCUGCUCGUGCAGGCCUCGGGCUCGCCCGCCUCUUGGCCUUGAAGGGUCGCGGCUGGGGUGAGGGGGACUUUGUGUACCAGUGCAUGGAGGUGAUGCUGAGGGAUGUACUGCCCGAACACGUAAGCGUUCUGGAUGGCAUUGAUUUAUCUCCAGAGAUCACGCGGCAGAGGGUCCUGAACAUUAACAAGAAUCUACGCAGUCAGCUUUUUAACAGAGCCAAGGACUUUAAAGCCUAUUCCCUUGCCUUGGACGACCAGGCCUUUGUGGCCUAUGAGAACUACCUCCUGGUCUUUGUCCGCGGCGUGGGCCAGGACUUGGAGGUGCAAGAAGAGCUUCUGACCAUAAUCAACCUGACUCGUCACUUCAGUGUUGGUGCUCUUAUGGCGGCAAUCCUUGAGGCCCUGCAGACAGCAGGGCUUAGCUUGCAGCGAAUGGUUGGACUAACCACGACCCACACACUGAGGAUGAUUGGUGAGAACUCAGGACUAGUGUCAUACAUGAGGGAAAAGGCUGUAAGCCCCAACUGUUGGAAUGUUAUCCAUUAUUCAGGAUUUCUGCACUUGGAACUUUUGAGCUCCUACGAUGUAGACGUGAAUCAGAUCAUAAAUACUAUAUCAGAAUGGAUAGUUUUGAUUAAGACCAGAGGCGUUAGGCGCCCCGAAUUUCAGGCUUUACUAACUGAAUCUGAAUCAGAGCAUGGCGAAAGGGUUAAUGGACGAUGUCUGAACAAUUGGCUUAGAAGAGGGAAAACUUUAAAACUAAUAUUUUCCCUGAGAAAAGAGAUAGAAGCAUUCUUGGUUUCAAUAGGGGCAACAACGGUCCAUUUCACAGACAAGCAAUGGCUGUGUGACUUUGGCUUCCUGGUGGAUAUUAUGGACCACCUUCGAGAACUCAGUGAACUAUUGAGAGUCAGUAAAGUCUUUGCUGCUGCUGCCUUUGACCAUAUCUGUACCUUUGAAGUGAAGCUGAAUUUACUGCAGAGACAUAUUGAGGAAAAAAAUCUAACACACUUUGCUGCCUUCAGAGAAGUUGUUGAUGAGCUUAAACAGCAUCUUAAAGAAGAUCAAAAAAUAUUUGAUCCUGAUAGGUAUCAAGUUGUGAUCUGUCGCCUACAGAAAGAAUUUGAGAGACAUUUCAAGGACCUCAGGUUCAUUAAAAAGGACUUAGAACUUUUUGCAAAUCCUUUUAACUUUAAACCUGAAUAUGCACCUAUUUCAGUAAGAGUGGAGCUAACAAAACUUCAGGCGAAUACUAACCUCUGGAAUGAAUACAGAGUCAAAGACUUGGGGCAGUUCUAUGCUGGAUUGUCUGCCGAAUCUUACCCAAUUAUCAAAGGGGUUGCCUGUAAGGUGGCAUCUUUGUUUGAUAGUAACGAAAUCUGCGAAAAGGCUUUUUCGUAUUUGACUCGAAACCAACACACUUUGAGCCAGCCAUUGACGGAUGAGCAUCUCCACGCCCUGUUUAGGAUUGCCACAACUGAAAUAGAGCCGCAUUGGGAUGACCUUGUGAGAGGAAGAAAUGAAUCCAAUCCAUAAGCUUUGGUAGUACAACAUUGAGACACUCAAAGAGAAUCUCACUCUAAAAGCAAACGUUUGUCUGAUUAUUCAAGUUAAUUAAUUUGGAUUGUGGCAAAUCACCAAGUUUAUUCAUCCAAAUUGAUCAUGAUUCAGAUUCUUCUGACAAAUGUUUUUUUCAUCUCAAGAGGCAGCAUGGGACUGAGACAUGCAAACACCUUUUUUAAAAUUUAAUUUAAUGACAAAGUCAUUGUCUUUUGCUUUUAUGAUAUUGUUUUUAAAGAAGUUCAGUACUGAUAAUGUGAGUUGAAUUAGAAGUCUGUUUUUCAGAUGUUUUAAAGAAAUUUUAGGUGUUAUUUUAACAAAGUGUUAAAAUUCUGAUGCAUAUGGUCUGAAGUUAUCAACUCCUUAAAUGUAUGUUUGAGCCAGUUUGCAGAAACUCACAUAGCAAGUUCAGAAGUUUCUGAGAAGGAAGAACGUACAUACAGUGGAGGUAUUUUGUCUAAGUAUCAAAAUGUUUGAGACUAUUUUUUUUUUAACAUUUUUCUGAGUCUGAAGUCAAUACUGACAGAUUUCCUCCUCUCACCCCCCCAACCUGCCCUAGCGAUAAUAUUACUAAUAGAAGAAAAUAAUCAUACAAAAUUUUAGUCAGAGGAGUUAAGAAUUAUUUUUAAAUUGCUGGUUUAGGAGGCUUCCUGCAUUUUGGAGAUCAGACUAUCCAGUUACUGGGGGGGGUCUCCCCUGAAUUUUUCACAGUUGGGUGCUGUUUUAUCAGCUUGCCUAUUAAAGGACUACGGUAAGUAUAGAAUCUUAAUGAUUGCCCAUUAGUAAUUCUUUAUUCUACUCCAGACAGAAGUUUGGCCCUGUCAAAAAAGGAUGACAGAAUAAGAUUAUUGCCCUCCAGGAUCAGGAGGUGUGAGAUAUUUUAGCUUAUUAUGCAUGGGUGUUACUGCUUUAUAAAGAAAUCCUGUUUAAGGAAACCCUUUAUUUUAGAAUGAUAUGACUGUCAGAUUGUGUUAGCUGCUGGAAGUGGAUUUAUAGAAUUUAAAACUGUCCCACACAUUCUUUAUUUAAGAUAGUGCACAAGUAGAAAUAUUUAACUCUCAAGAAGCAGCUUUAUUAACAGAUUGCAGCAAUUCUAUAUUUCUAGUGAGACAUGUGCUUUGUGCAAAAAAAAGUAAUUUUCAAACUUACGUUAACCAUGAAAAGGAAAUCUUACACAGUAAAGCCAAAUACAUAAAAUGAUUUAAAAGCAGGACCCAACUUAGAGGUCAUCUCAAGUACAAUUUGCAAACUUGUGCUAAAGUCCUGUCGUAACUAUUGUAACACGUUAUUCUUGUUCACUAAUCCAGCAAAUUCAUGGAACCAGGAUACAAUCAACAAUUUAGAGGGAACUGCUGCCCGAGCAGUCAAAAGAGAUGGCAUAAAGCUCAGGAACCAAAAUUGUGUCAGUGGUUCUCAACCAGAAGCGGUAACCCCUCUUUCCAGAGGUUGUUGGAAAACAUAGGGGACUUUUUCCGAUGUCAGACUUACCUGGGGGGAGUCUGCUGGUAUUUAGGCGCGAAGGAACCCCCCCACCCCUUCCACCCCCGCAGUGCGUAGGACAGCCAGGCACAAAGGAGAAUUAUCCUUUUCAAAGUGCCAGUAGAUCCCCUUUUGUAGAUUAUUUUAUUUUGAGGGACAGGGCAAAUUACUGGUAGAAACAGAAUGAGAAAGGCGGGUCGGGCAAACUGGCACUACUUGAUAGGAGAGACUCAUUCCAACAUUCCAGGUUUGCCUAGUAAGAUGAGGUAAAGGCCUUGAUAGAUUCUGGUAGCUCACAGUAGCAUUUUAAGUCAGUAGCUUAUAUUGAACCAGAGGAAAGAGCUCUAUUCUAUUAAACGUAAUUAGAGCAGAAGAGCAAGUAUUAACAAGCUGGUAAUCGAGAAUGGUCAAGUUGAGAUUUUUGGUGAACAGGGAGUAAGCUUAAAUAUCUUGAAGAAAAACAAUGAAAAACCAACCAACUCCCCCCCCCCACAAAGAAAAAAAAAAAUCUACCGGUAAUUUGCCAGUAGUUUGGAGUCUUCUCUUUCAUGUCAAGUGCUUUAUUGAGAGAAUGUUUGGAGGACCUGCUUCUGCUUUCCUACCCUAGUUCCUCAAAUGUUGAAGUCUUGUACAUUUUGUGAAGUUCCACUAUAUAUUUUGCUUAAGGUAAUAAAACUAGUUUGCGUCAUAUAGUACUGAGUUGGGGGGAGAGAUAAGCUAAGGAUUUAAAACUGACCCUAAAUAGUAGAGAAUUUGCUAUAAACUAGUCUUGUUUGUAAAAAAGGAAAAUGUGUAUAUUAUUGUUUUCUGUAUUAAGUAAUUCUGUAACUGCAUGGCAGUCUUUAAAAAAUUUUUUUUUUACAAAAUAGUUGUUACUGGUCCUGUUGUAUCAGUGAAUGUAGUUAAAAAAGUAUUAUUUUUUAAAAACCCUAUGUCCCUCUAUCUCCUAUUCCUACUAGUUUUCUUAAAAGAUUUGUCUGUAUUCCCGGUCUCUCAGUGCCACUCAAACUGCUCUACCCAGCUAGAUCCCUGUCAGCAUUCUUACCCUCUUCAACACCACUGACUGCUCUUCCUUGAAGUACUUGUAUAUGUUGGCUUCAGGGGUAGAUACUAUCUGCAGGUAUGCUUUCUCAGUCUGCUUCAUAGGCACCCCUUUCCCUUACAUGUCUGUGUUCUUGUGAUUUUAAAAUUUUGUUGUAGAGCUACUUUCUACAUCAUCUUAGCUGCUCUCAUCCCUGUCCAUGGCUUCAGUUACCAUCUGUAUGCAAAUGACCCCCAAAUUCAUAUCUCCUUUCUAGGCCUUUCCUACCAUAUAUCUAUAUAACUGCUAACUUAAGUCACUCUGCUGACUUGUGGACACCAUAGCAUGUCACUGAUCUUGCCCCCAGAUCUGCUCUUCUCUGUUCCCUCUUUCAGUAGAUGGCACUACUGCUACCAGUCGCCCUAGCCCAAGCCAAAAACCAAUCUAUCCGUGACCCUUCAUCACAUCCACUCGCGAAAACCUUUGUGUUAGGUCUACUGUCUCGAGUUUUUCUCAUUUCUCCAGUGCCACCAUCCUGAUCCAGGCUGUCAGCCUACCUAAAUUAUAGCAACAGCAUCCUUGUUAGUCUCUCUUUCUCUGAUUUUGAUCAUUUUUUAUGCUGCAGCCAGAUUGUUCCAAAAGACAUACUGGUCAUAUCUCUCCACUGCUUUCACCAUGACAUAGGAUAAGAUACAACUUCUGUUCAUCUUUGAGGUGUCAGUUUAAAUACCACUUCCUCUAGGAAGGUGUCACUGAUGCCCUCUAGACUAGGUGCCCCCACUGUGCACUCUCUAAAUACCCUUUUCUUUUCCCAGCCAUACACUUGGCACAUUUUGUUGCUAUUUCUUAUUGAUCACUGCUAGACUGUAAGCUUUACCAGGGCAGGGACUGUGCCUUGCUAGCUGUUCUGUCUGUAGUGUUUAGCACAAUGCCUGGCAUUCCAAUAAAUGUUUGGAUGAAUAAAUAUAUGUGUAGUGUUUUAUGAUCUCUGAAGCCCUUUCAUAGUCUAAUUUGACCUUCACCGAGGUCUUCCUGCCUUAGCCUGCUUGUUGGGUAAUUGUUAUUCACAUAUUAUGAACUAAGAAAUGAAACUAAGUUCUUUGUGACUAGGGAAUUGUAUUCCCAGGAUUUAGCUCAGUGCUUGGCAUGUGGCUCAAAUAUUUAUUAUGUGAAUGUUGUCGAGGAAACAAACUUAGAUUGCAGUUUGCCCAAGUAGAUGUAAGUAGUAAAGCCAGGAUUCAAAGCCAGGUAUACUUACAUAAAUCUAUGGAAUAUUAAGUCUUUACCGCCUUUAUUUAGAAGUCUUGAUUUCUUUUCUUUCUUUUCUUUUUGACCUUUCUUUUAUCUUUCUUUUUUUUUUUUUUUUUUUUCUUAUUUCCAAAGGUAGACUUGCAAAGGAACCUAGUGAAACAGAUUGGACAACUAUUUGGUGGACUAAAACAAUACUUUGAUGAUUUCUGGCUCUUCUGGGAUUUAAAAGUAAGUAAAUUUAAUAAAAUAUUAGAGGAAUGACUUGGUCUUCCUGGUCCCUAGAUACGCAGUUCUCUUGCUUUCUUGCCUACAGAAUGUCCUUAUCACUUCUCCAAGGAACCAAAAGUGACAUGUAGUCAAGGUGUACUUCUUAGAUUUGCUAUAUUUCUUUGCUUUCUUAUUCACAUGCCUCUGAACUUAAUUUUUGGGUAACCAGGGCUUUUGGGAUUCGUGGAAGAACUAUACCCAUAAUCUUUUUUCUUGAGCCAUUUUGUCCAAUUUAAGGGAUUAACCAGUGUUAGUAUAAGUUGGACUUUUAGUCUGAGGCACAUUAACUCAUCCAGAAAUCUUAACAGUUGGUAUGAUAGUCAUCCAGUGAUCCUUGCUGCAAAACUGGGUGUUAAUGGGUUUCUUUAAUCCUUUGGAUUAAAGAAUUUCUCAGUUUUAUCUUUUCAUAAUAGAGAAGUAGCCUCAUCCUAUCCAAUAAGUACUCGAAUUUAUGAACUCUACCCCCUUUCAUUUCUGCUUGCAAAUUGAUGAAUUCUGAGGUCCUCUCUUUCUUAUACAUUUUGUCAAAUGAAGCCAACAGCAACCAUAAAACAUUUUUUUACUCCCCCCUCCCCUUCAGUAAAGGAUAGAUUCUGUGCCUUCCAGGUUUUCCCAGGAGAUAGUUUCACCACUCCAUAACGUGAUUUGCUCCCAUAAGUUAUUUCUUCCAUCCUCCAAUAGCAAUUUCCUGAACGCCUACCAACUAAGCCAGUGUGUAGUAUGUUGAGUUUUUUAAAAAAGGAACCAAUUUCUAUAUAAGGAUAGGCAAGGUUGUCAUAGUAGCAACAGCAAAAUCUCAAUGCCUCGGAAACUUCUCUCUUGCAACUUGGCUAGGCACUUUGCUCGAGGCAGGGGUCAACAAACUACAGUACACAGGCAAAAUCCAUUCUGUUGCCUGUUUCUAUAAAUAAAGUUUAAUUGGAAGACAGCCUUGCCCACUUAUUUAUAUCUAUGGUUGCUUUUGCUCUACGAUGGCAGAAUUGAAUAGCUGUGACAAAGAGUGUGUACAACUCACAAGAGUCUAAAAUAUUUACUACGUGACCCCACAGAAAAUGCUCACUGAUCCCUGCUCUAAGUUGUUCUCAUUCUGGGACACAGGUUAGCCAGAUAUCAUGUAUGGUGUGGCUGCUUAUUUUGGGAAAUGAAAAAAAAUGCAGCAAAUCACUUAGAGGCCCGUAAAGCACUUUCACUGCCCAAAACAAAUCCCACGGCCACACCAAAGUUCUAGGAAGACUCUAAUCCUUCCAUGUGCCUCAGAAGAAAAUCAGAAGUACUUGGAAGACGACACUAGAUUAACACAUGGUUAUAUCUCUCCAUUUAUCUAAUUUCUUUAAAAAUAUUUUUAUUGAGGUAAAACAUAGUAAAGUGUGUAAAUAUUAAAUGUAUGCCUCAGUGGAUUUUUAUAUACACCCUUGAACCCUUCCAAGAUACCGAACAUUCUAGCACCCCAGCAGAUGCCCUCAUGUCCCUCCUGCACUCAGAUAACACUGUUCUGGCCUUUAUCACCAGAAUUUACGUUUGUCUUUUUAAAGCUUCAUGUAAAUGUAAUAAUUAUAUGUGCUCUUGUGUCUUUUGUUCAAUACUAUGUGACUCAUCCACGUUGCAUGUAGCAGCAUUUUUUACUUUGCAGUAUUCCAUUGUACGACUGUACUGCAAUUUAUAAAUCCAUUCUACUGUUGAUGGAAAUUUUGGUUGUUUCUAGUUUGUGGUUAUUAUGAAUAAAGUUGCUAUAAACA